CCCGCCCCCUCACCCGUGAGGCACCGCCCGCCCACCCGCGAGGCACCGCCCGGCUGCGGGUACCGCCGGUGCCGCCAUGGCCCCACGAGAGCCGUCAGGCCGUCGGGGCAGCGCCGACUCAGGUGUGGAGCCAGGCCGCGCUGCGCGCUCCCAGGAGAAGAAGGACCGACGCCUCGCGCUCUUCCUCAGCGACUUCGACCAGCAGGCCCGAGAGAGCGUCCGGGAGAUGAGGAAGGAACUGGAGUCGGUGCUGCAGACGGCGGAGAAGGCGCUGGCCGUGGAGCUGCUGCGGGUGCCGGCGGCCGUCAGGAGGAUGCGAAGGAAAGCCCUGCUUGAUUUACAAGGAGGGGAGGAAGUGGCUCUUGCUGCUGCUGCAACUGACUGCUCUCUAGAAGACACACCAACUCCGAAACUGGUGAGGAAUAACAGCAAAAAAAGGCAAGUAACUACAAUUGUUGAAUACGAAGAUGUCAAGGAUAUUUCUGCAAAGAAAAUAUCUAAAAAAGUAAGUUUCCAAACAAAGUCAUUGGUUUCAUUGGCUUCUGGUUUAAAUAGCAAACUUAGGCCUCUUUCCAGGUCUGCUCACUCUUCUGGAAAUGUGGCUGCGGCCAUUACGUGUCCUACCUCUGAUUGCACUACAAAUUUCAAAGCCAAAUCAAAGAGGUAAGGGGCGCCAGGCCUGCAGCAAACGGACUCCAGAACCACACCUGCCAGCAGGAGGGCUCAGGGCAUGUUGCUGAGGAGUAAAAUCCAUAUCCCAAGAUAAACUCGUCUGUUUGUAAACAUUCCCCUGGCGGAUGGACAGACGCUCUGUGCGGCUGGUGGAGACCUCCAUAACAUCGAUGUGCAGCUACUACAUCAAGAUACAGUACAGCAUAUUCAUAACUUGGUGAGUGAGCUGACUGUACUAUGUGGGAAGGCAGCGGCUAAACCGAGUUGAUGGAACUGUACUUGUGACUACAGGAUAUUCAUGACAGCUCUUGCUGCCUCUCAAGUGUUUAGAGAACAUCUAUAAUGUCUUAAUAAGCUGUGUAAAUGUUUUUAUAUAGAGCUUA